AUGCCGCCGGAAAGCUCUGAUCAAUAUGUUCGCCGGCGAGGUGGGGUGGAUGGGAAACCGGGGUUCUCCGUGUUUGUUGAUGGUUUGGGAGAUGAGUUUACGUAUCAAGGGUUGAAGGAUUUAGGUUUACGCUAUGGCAGAGUUCUAGGAGUGUUUAUUCAGCGUGUCCAAAGACAGGGGCGAAAGGCUCGAUUUGGGUUUGUGAGGUUUAAGUACAAAAUUGAUGCAGAUACGGCGGUGCAGGAAUUGCAUGGGGCACUGGUGGAUAAUUCCAUCUUGGUGGUUAAUAGAGAGAAGUAUGAGAUUGGAAUGAGUGGCAAAAGGAGAGCUUCUGAGUGGCGGCCAAAGGGGAAGAUUGCAGCGACUGUGUCGGAAGCCUAG